GAGCCCGGGCCGCUCCCGCGGGGAGAGCGGGGCGAUAAACGGGGCGGAAUUGAAGAAUAAACCCGGGCGGACAGGCAGUGGGGCCGUGCAGCCCUCCCGCCUCCCCUCCUUCCCCCCCCACCCCCGCCGCCCGCCCGCCCGGGGGGACAGCGCGGGACGCGGAGCCGGGGCGCAGCGGCGGGACGACAAUGCAGCAGGCGGAGAAAGCAGGAGGGGCAGCGCACGGCAACAUGGAGGGAGGCGCGGAGCGGGCCAGCCCCUGAUGCGGCUCUUUCUCCUCCUCCUCCGGGCAGCGGCUCCGGCGGCGAUUCUCUCCCUGGCGGCGGCUGGCGGCGGCGGGUGGAAAUGAGCAGGUCGGCGGCGCUUCUCCUCUGCCUGCUGGGCUGCAACGUGUGGAAGGCGGUGACCAAAACCUUAGGGGCGCCCGAGGCGGCUCAAGAAGUAACGCUGAAGGUCCAUGUAAGCGAUGCCAGCACUCAUCAGCCAGUAACUGAAGCCUUCAUUGAGAUUUUUACCAACCAGAUCUCCAUUGCAUCUGGAACCUCAGGAGCAGAUGGCACUGCCUUCCUCAAGUUUCAGUAUAAGUUGGGCAAUCAGCUGAUAGUGACUGCUAGUAAACAUGCAUAUGUGCCAAAUUCUGCACCAUGGAAACCUGUAAGAUUGCCUGUGUUCUCUUCACUGAGCCUCGGCCUUCUUCCUGAACGCUCAGCUACUCUGAUGGUCUACGAUGAUGUAGUCCAGAUAGUCUCAGGAUUUCAAGGUGCACGGACUCAGCCACAAGUUCACUUUCAAAGAAGAUCUGUGAAAUUGCCAGAGAACACUAGCUACAGUGAUUUGACAGCAUAUCUGACUGCAGCCAGUUCACCCUGGGAAGUGGACAGUUUCCCUUAUUUGCAGGGAUUAGAUGGAAAUGGAACAGGAAACAGCACCAGGUAUGACCUCACCCCUGUCACUGCCGUCAGCGUCCACCUCCACAGCAGCGAUGGGACCCCCGUCCCUGUGAACGGCCCCAUCUAUGUAACAGUGCCUCUGCCAGCAAACAGCAACUUGAAACACAAUGCACACGUUCCAGCAUGGAGGUUUGACCAAAAAUUUGGGACAUGGCUGAAGAGUAGUUUGGGCAUUGUGCAACAAGAAGGAAAUCAGUUGACUUGGACUUAUAUUGCACCUCARCUGGGCUACUGGGUUGCAGCUAUGUCACCUACUAUCCCAGGUCCCGUUGUAACACACGACAUUACCAGCUAUCACACAAUGUUUCUUUUGGCAAUUUUAGGAGGGAUGGCUCUCAUACUUCUAGUCUUGCUGUGUCUGCUUUUGUAUUAUUGCAGAAGAAAAUGUCUAAGACCACGUCAACAUCAUAAGAAACUGCAACUUUCGACAGCACUGGACACUUCUAAGAAGGAUCAAGCAACGUCAAUGUCCCAUAUAAAUUUAAUAUUUUCACGUCGUGAGUCAGAAUUUCCAGGUGGAUUGUCUGUUGCCAGCAAUGGACACGCUGAAAACUCAGGGGCAAAGGAAUUAAUCAGUGCUGUCCACAUGGAGAUGGUAUCACCUACUGGAGAAGCAGAUAUGCAUACACCUAUGCUCAAACACUCCUUCAGUACUUCCCAGGAGUUCAGCUCCCGAGAGGAACUGCUCUCUGACAAGGAGAAAGACAAGAGCAGAAUUUCCUUGGAUGACCURACUCCCAGUGGGUCUCUAAGAAAAGACUACCACAAAUCAGCAGAUAGYUUUCCUCUAAAGGCAAGAAAAUCGACAGAAACAGCUGAAGGCUAUGAGUCCCCUAUUAAAGAUGAGUAUAGGAGAAGUUACAAUGCUAUGCUGUCUCAGCCUUUAUUUGAAAAGCAAGAGAGAGAAAUUCAAGUAUCUAUGAACCAUAUUGCUACUGGAAGUAAAUAUAAUAUUCAGGAACAAAUAUACCCCACACCUUCAGCCCCUGAAAAAGAGCUGCUGGACUGCAGACCUACUGAUUGUAUGAUGUCUCGUUCAGUUGAUCACCUUGAAAGACCUACAUCUUUCCCUCGACCAGGUCAGUUAAUCUGCUGCAAUUCUGUUGACCAAGUCAAUGACAGUGUUUACAGAAAGGUUUUGCCUGCACUGGUCAUCCCAGGUCAUUACAUGAAGUUGCCCGGAGAGCACCCUUUUGUUAGCCAGCCCCUGGUUGUCCCAGCUGACCAGCAGAUUGAUCUAGAAAGACUUCAGGCUGAGCUUCCYAACCCUCACGCACGGCUUUUCCCGCACCCCACCCAGCAGCUGCAGCCCCAGCAGUUGGCAUCCCAAGCAAUAUCUCAGCAGCAUUUGCAAGAUGCAGGUGCAGCUGAGUGGAGUCAGCAAAAUGCUUCCAUGUCUGAGUCUAUUUCCAUUCCUGCCUCUCUUAAUGAUGCGUCCCUGGCUCAAAUGAAUAGCGAAGUGCAGCUUCUUACAGAAAAGGCUUUGAUGGAAUUGGGAGGUGGAAAGCCAUUGCCUCAUCCUCGAGCAUGGUUYGUUUCUCUAGAUGGACGUUCAAAUGCUCACGUUAGACAUUCAUACAUUGAUCUCCAAAGAGCUGGUAGGAAUGGGAGUAACGAUGCCAGUUUGGACUCUGGUGUUGACAUGAAUGAACCGAAAUCUGCCCGAAAGGGAAGAGGAGAUCAUCUGUCUGCACCUCAGAGUCACCCCCCGGUGCAGGAGCACCAGCAGAGGGAGCGGAAGGCUUCCGAUAGCACGGCUUACACGCAGCUGGUGUACUUGGAUGACAUGGACCAAAGUGGCAGCGAGUGUGGAACAGCAGUUUGCAGCCCCGAGGACAAUGCUCUCCGAUGCCUCCUAGAAGGCACCAGUAAGAGAAGUGGUGUGCAGCUGCCCAGCCUGCAGGAGGAAACCAGAACUGUGGAUACCAAACCAGAGCCAUUAACUAGUCCUGAACAYGGAACAUCCGGUCAAGAUGAUGAUGAUGAUGAGGAGGAGGAUGAAGAAGAUGACCAAGGUGAAGAUAAAAAGAGUCCUUGGCAGAAACGAGAGGAAAGACCACUAAUGACUUUCAAUCUAAAGUGAGCUAUUGUGAAAAUCCACCCUUCAGUGGAAUAUAAAAUUGCCAAAUAUCCUUUCUGUGGAAGUGCUUGAUAUUUUUUUUCCUUUUUUCUUCUUUUUUUUUCUUUUUUUUGUUGUUGUGGAGAGAAAAGAGAAAAACAAACUGUGGUGAGCAACAUUUGAAAGAAUUUAAAUGCAUUACUGUGUAAAUGUUAGAAAAGAAUUUAAAUCAUUCCUCUGAUUUAACAGCUGMCUCCAGUGAGAUAGCUGAACAAAGAGUGUGAUUGUUAUUCCAUAUACUUGAUAUUGGUCAUCCAGGAUGUUGAAAAUACUGACAAAUUGUUUUGGUUGGUUUAUGACCUCAAUCUCCUUAUGAAUAGGAGCUGGUAAAGCUUUUGUUUUGUAGGCCAAUUUUAUGUUGAUAAUGCUACUGAAAGUAUCUUAAAAACAAGAGUUUGACACAUGGUGUCCAAAAUUGUGCAUUAUCUCAAUGAAAGGCUAUGCAUUGCUGCUUUUAGUAAUAUUUUGCUUAUACUAUGCUUUUCUUAAUUUUACAAGUUGGUUGUAAACAUUUUAUGUCCUUUAUUAUAAAACUACUCAGCAAUUUAUUUUAAUGUACAACUGCAGGAAACUUGAGUAGCAUCCCUUAGCAUUGAAGCCUUUUUAUGAAACCAAACUGAACUUUGUGUCGACUAAGAUUCCUCCAAUUCUGGUCCCAUUUUCUCAAAGUGCCUUUUUUACAGUAACAAUGAACAGUCCCUUCUUUUGCUAAGUCCUUUUAAUUGACCCCAUUUGAGAUUUUAUAAACUUCUGAACUUCUACCUUUUAUUUUAAGCUGCAUGCCAAGAGUCCCAUUUUGUGCUGAGCAUUUCUCAUUUCAAUACAGUGUAUUCUGUAGCUAUCAUGUAUAUUGUGGAUUCUGUUUAGCCAGGAUAGACUUAGAAGACAUUUUAAAGGGCCCAGAGUAGCCAAGAAGAUAGUUUCAUUGACUGUAUAUAUUGUUAGUUUCCUCUGGAAUCACAUGAGCUARUCAUGCUCAUAUAAAAUGGACUAUGGACCGAGCAAGUGGACUGAAUGUGUCUAGAAAAAUUUGAGGGGAAAAAAAAUGUACUAUCCAAAAGUGCCAGAAUUACUCUUCUGUGCUUUUUUUCCAUACAGAGCUGCUUGGUUAUCCAAAAAUUAUAAUUGAAAAUAAACUGCAAAAAGUAUCUUYGUGGAUUUUUUCCUCUGUUAGUGGUUAUUACAUUAUUUUAUGUUAUUUAAAAAGAAAAAAUACUUUGAUUUCACUUUUCCUKUUCAUAUUUAUGCUUGUGUGAUUUAUUUUCUUUUGCAGCUCUCAUGAACUUAAGUCAAUACUGAAAUUUAGACCCYUUUUCAGAAAAGCAUCCUCUGUAUUUUGAUAAAUACAUAAUUAUUUGCUUAAGUAUCACUGAAGACAUUGGAAAUGAAAUCCUGGUAUCACCAAAACUCCCUGUGGAGUCACUCUUCCUGUGGGCCAGUUUUCUUCCUGGGAUUCCUGUGGGUACUCAGACUUACUGCACUCUUCUCACUUUUUCAUGAAUUGGGUUCAAAGAAGAGGAAGUAUGUGACUUCCACUCUUGUGGAACCCUUCAUAUACAUUCCAUUUAUCAAGUUUCAUUCUGUUAUUUUUAUGCAGAUUAGCAGCAGUCAUGCUUACUAAAAUUAGUAAUUAAGUAAUCUCCAAAGUGAUUWAAGUGCUAUGUAGUUCCUAUUUAAUUUUUAAUAAGCCCCAACUCACAUUCAUUGCUUUAUUUUCAGUAGAUCUCAAGGUUUUCAUAGGAAGUGAAUCUUGUAAUUUCCAUCUCACUGUAUGUCUUACCUGGGAAUCUGAUCUCUACCCAGGAAUUGAAUCCCAAUUCCCUAGUUCCCAGGUCAAUGCUCCUUUCCAUCCACAAAGCUACAUCACCUUUUGCUUUGAUUCAUGUUUGAAAGUGGUAUAUGUUGUAAAAGAAAUCUAAAAUAUUGUGGAGUGCAUUGAAUAUUGAAAUCACCAUAUUAGCAGUAAAUUAUGUUUUGCUCAUUGUGUGUGCGUGCCAGGUCUUUUCCUAUCCUGUUUAGGAAUUUUGUACUGACCACCUGUGAACUGGUUUUGGGCUCUGGGUUUCUUAUUGUUUGUGCAAGGUCACUGAACAGAAAAAUACUUUAAAGGAAUGGUAUUUAUCAGAUGUCAGUAAGUGCUGGUAAUACAGUGUCACAUCAGUCAGAAUGCUGCAUAAGUAAACAUUCUGAAUAAAACUUCUGCAUACUAGAAUUAUUGUGCUAUUUAAUUUCAAAUUUUCUGUUGUCUUAGAUGUCAUUUUUAAUUACAUUCUUUUUUCACAUUCCWUUGCAAAGUUUCCAUCGUUGCUAUCUUGUAAAGUGAGAUUGUUGCUAUUAAAUUGCAGUGGUUUGUUUCUUUAAUUGUGUUGGUUUUAUGUUCAAAACAUUUCAUUUGAUGGUUUGAUGAUUUGUGGUCCUAAUACAGCAAAUAUAUUUGAACAAAAGCAGUGUGUGUAUGUUGAAAAUCAAAAAUGGCAUUUUUUAAUUGGUGUGAUARCUUAAUUUUGCAGAAUAUAUAGUUUAUGAAAUGUGUUUCUCUGUAUCCAACACACCUGGCCCAUCUGCUAAAUGAAACAGGAAUAGAGUUAACACAGAUCAGGUAACAGGUUGAGACUGGAAUAUGCCAUGCCUAAUCUGAAAGUCCUGUGACAAUUUCUAUGUUUUAAUUUUCAGAAACAUACUGAGGAAGGUACGUCAGUAAAAUACUAUACAUUUUCUUGCUUAUAUAUUGCAGUUGCACAGUGAAGCAAGUUCCAAUAAAGCAUAUAAAACACAGAGAACAAAGUAUAACUUGAAUAGGUCUUGGCAUCAGCAGCUCCAAGUCCAUGUAGAAGAUAAACUAGAAAAACAAUUGUUUUCUUGUUUUCUGAUGGCAAAUACUAGUAGGAAAAAAAUGUAAAWGUUUGUAAUGACAAAGCUUACAAAACUAACAAAAAUAUGUUGAUCUUUAAAAAUUACUAAAAAUAAAUUUUCUAAAUUCAGGUCUAUUUAUAUCACAGACUUUCUGAAAUGUUAGCACUCUUGGGAGUUAAUACACUCAUUAAGAGUUCAUUCACUUCAUGAUUGUCCCCCAGCUUCCACUUUGUUCCUGCUCAAAUGCUUGCUUCUCAAAGCUUAUUAAUCUGUAAAGUACCUUACUUAUUGUGAUAAAGACUUUUUAUUAUUUGAUUAAGUGCUUUGUCAGGGUACCAUCAUGUGAAACCCUCUGCAGAUACAGGGACAAAAACUGGGUACUGCCUCACUCAGUGUUUGCAAUCUAAUAUGCUACACAAAUCAUACAAAAUUGUGGUACUGAUCUGAGAUGAACAGAUUACAAAGGAAGGCCCACCAUUUGGAAAUUSCUCAUGCUUUUCUUUGUUACAGGGAGGACUGAGUAGCUUUAGUAGAGUGAAUUGAGCACUCUUGAAAUACCUKGGCAAUAUUUUCAUUUUCUGCCCUUCAUUCUAUCUAUGAAUACUCUAGGGGACCAAUCUUACUUCACUGUUCUAAACCAAUAUGGUUGAAAUUGUUAAGAAAUAAAUGUCCUAUGUAGGGUUUAGCCUAUAGAAUAGUACAAGCAUAAAUGAACAAGUGCUGGAUUAGAUAUUUACCCUUAGUCUAGGAAAUUCUGCAGUGAACCAAAAACGCCUAUAUUUUUUUUUCUUAACCAACAAGAAUUCAUCAAUUCUUAAAAAUUAUUAUAACACAAUAAUCAACUAUCAAUAGUGUGUAACUUGGGGCAUGGUAGC